CUCAGUCGCACGUCAACUUUUAUGGGAACAGGGCCGGCGGUUUUCAUUGAGGCAUUCGCUUUUCCCGUGGUCAUCGCAGUGGAAAACAGGUGCGGGGACUUAGGAUAACGCAGUUGUUAAUUAUAGGGUUUAUUGAUUGGCAAACAUGGCCUGCCGCGAAUCGUUCAUCAAAGCCAUUCUUAUCAUACUUAAUGUGUUGCUUUCGCUGAUUGGAGUGACUCUGAUUGCCCUGUCGGUGUACGAGUUGAAUAGCUCUACGCCGGGCACCUUUGAGCACAUCGCCAUCGUUGUCCAGAUCUUCGUGGGCACCUUCGUGGUUCUGACCUCGUUUCUGGGCUGCUUUGCCACGGCUCGGGUUUCCCUCGGCCUCGUUUGGAGUUAUGUUAUCUGCCUGCUGAUCCUGCUGUGCCUGCAGAUCUACAUCAUUGCGGCAGCCCACUCCACGGACUACGUGGAGCGCUCCAGGAGGGACUUCCUGGCCCUCUGGGCCGAUCAAAAGGCCAAUGGAGAACGCAUAUCGCUCAUUGAACAAAAGUACUCUUGCUGCGGCCAGUUGGGCCCCCAUGACUACAUUCUGAUGGGUCGGGCCAUACCCAAUAACUGCUACAAGGCGUUCCAGCGCCACGGAGACUACCUCUUCACCGAGGGCUGCCUGCAGGCCGUGCAGGCUCAUGCCACCGACAACGUGGCCGUCGGCCUCAUCAUCAAGUGGCUGCUGCUGUUGGUGGAGUUUGCCGCCCUGGGAGCCGCCACCUAUUUGGGCAUCACGGUGCGCAACAAAUUGCGGCGCGAGAGAUUCUAACAGGUCUCCUACGAAUCACCGAAAUCGGUUGUUGGAAACACAUAAACCAAUAUGUAUGGAUUUUUAUAGCAGCUUUAGAUGAUCUGGAGGCAACAGAAACGUAGAAUAAAAAAUAAACCAAAAUCUAAAUAUUCAA